UUGUGUUCUUUUCUUUAGUUGUUAUCCUGGAAAUUCUCAAGCAUCCUUAACUUGCAAAAGCCUGAUGUUACUACAUACCUUUACUAGCCUCCUGGAUUAUAAACAAAAUUAGAACACUGUUAGUCUACCCUACUCCUGAUAUAUUUUUGUCAUUGUGCAUUUUAAUUAUAUUUUAAAACUUCACAAGAUCUUUUUAUUUUAUAUAGUCAAUGUGUGUUUACACUCCCCCAGUUCUUUGUUCCUUACUCCUUUCUACAGCUCUGUCUUUAUAUCAAGUAAUCUUCUGCAUGAAGCAUCUUUAGAAUUCUUUAUAGAACAGAUCUGUUAUAUUUGUUUUGUUUGAAAAUAUCGUUUGUUUUUAUUAAUGGAUAUUUUCACUGGGUUUAGAAUUUUGGAUUGGCAAUUAUUUUCUUUCAGCAGAUUCAAGAUAUUAGUGUACUCUUAGUUUCCAUUGUUACUGCUAAGAAGUUAGCGGACAUUCUGUCACUCCUUUGAAGAUAAUCUUUUUUUUCUCUUAUUGUUUUUAAUAUUUUUUAUACUUUAUACGAAGUAUUUUUAUACUUUAAUAUGAUGUGUCUAGGUGUGAAUUUUUCUUUUCUAUAUUGAUGCAAUAUUAUGUUUGGCUUCUAGAACUGUGGACUUCAGUAUUUCAUGGGCUCUCAAAACUUCUUAGUUUUAUCUUCAAAUGUUGCUUCUCCAUUUUUUUCUGUGUUUCUUGGAUUCCUGUAUUCCCUUCAUUUGAAGUCUAAUCUCUUCUGUGUGUUUCUGAAGGCAGCAUGGAGAACUAAAAAGUCCUACAAGAGCAUAUAGCAAGAGAACCUGAUCUAGUCAUGGAAUCAGGGGAGAUUUCCCUGAAGAAGGAAAUUUGAGCCGACAUCUGAAGAAGGCAACUCAAAAUUUUUCAUUGCCAGUCUCUACUUCUUUGGUUCUGCAAACGAAAUUUUAUCUCCAGCAGCCCCUAAAGCCCAGUAAAUCAUCAAACAGACUCAUGACUGAAAAACAGCAGGAAGAAGCAGAAUGGGAGAGCAUAAAUGUGCUGUUGAUGACCCAUGGCUUAAAACCUUUAUGUCUAAUCAAAAGAACAGAUUCAAAAGAUCUCAUCAUUUUUGACAAGCAGUCAUCACAAAGGAUGAGACAGAACUUGAAAACAUUGGUGGAAGAAACAGCACGUCAACAGAACAUGAUCCAGGAGCUCAUAGAAACUAAUCAGCAGCUUAAAAAAGAACUUCAGCUAGAGAAAUGCCGAGCAGUAAAUCAGGAACAACGAGCUAAUGACUUGGAACAAAUUAUGGAGAGUGUGAAAUCCAAAAUUGGUGAAUUGGAGGAUGAAUCCCUAAAUAGGGUUUGUCAUCAGCAGAAUAAAAUAAAAGAUCUUCAAAAGGAGCAUAAAGCUUUACAGGCAAAAUGUCAGCAUUAUAAGAAAAAACAAAUGGAGCAACAAGAGACUAUUGCUUUUUUGCAAAAGGAUAUCUAUAGAUUAACAAAGGAGGAGGAAGAGCGCAUUAUCACUCAAAAUAGAGUGUUUUCUUAUCUCUGCAGAAGAGUUCCUCAUACCGUCUUGGAUAGACAGUUGCUUUGCCUAAUUGAUUACUAUGAAUCUAAAAUUAGAAAACUUCAUAAACAAAGGCAAUACAAAGAAGAUGAAAGUCAGUCAGAAGACGAUGACUACAGAAGUCUUGAUGCCUCACCGACUUAUAAAGGCCUUCUAAUGUCGUUACAGAAUCAACUGAAGGAAUCAAAAUAUAAGAUUGAUAAACUUUUAAGUGAAAAACUGAAUCUCCAAAAAGAUUUGGAAACCAGGCCCACACAGCAUGAAUUAAGACUUUAUAAACAACAGGUGAAGAAACUGGAGAAAGCCCUAAAGAAAAGCAUCAAAUUACAGGAUCUUAUCAGUCCAAACAAGGCUGAGGACACAGAGAAAAAAGAUGAGCCCAGCAAAGAUAACCAGCAGCAGGCCCUAAUUGACCAAAGAUACUUUCAGGUACUGAAUAGCAUCAAUUCAAUUAUUCACAAUCCAAGAGCUCCAGUAAUAAUUUAUAAACAGAGCAAAGGAGGAGCCCAACAUUUUAAUAAAGAUCUUGAUUGCGGAUUUGAGCAUCUUGUUCCAAUAUUAGAAAUGUGGGCAGAUCAGCUGACUUCCCUAAAGGGUUUGUAUAAGUCCUUGAAAAUACUGUCUGCAGAAUUGGUGCCUUGGCAUAAUUUAAAGAAGCAGGAUGAAAAUGAAGGUAUUAGAGUUGAAGACCUGCUAUUUAUAGUAGAUACCAUGUUGGAAGAAGUUGAAAAUAAGGAAAAGGACAGCAAUAUGCCAAACUUUCAAACUUUGCAAGCUAUUGUUUCUCACUUCCAAAAAUUGUUUGAUGUGCCUUCUUUAAAUGGAGUCUAUCCUCGAAUGAAUGAAGUUUAUACUAGGCUUGGGGAAAUGAACAAUGCUGUGAGAAACCUCCAAGAACUCUUAGAAUUAGAUAGUUCAUCCUCAUUGUCUGUGCUGGUGAGCACAGUUGGAAAAUUGUGUAGGCUGAUUAAUGAGAAUGUGAAUGACCAGGUUAUGCAGGUAUUGGGACCUGAAGACCUCCAAAGCAUUAUCACCAAAUUGGAAGAACAUGAGGAGUUUUUUCCAGCGUUUCAGGCAUUCACUAAUGAUCUACUUGAAAUCUUAGAAAUUGAUAACUUGGAUGCCAUUGUACCUGCAGUAAAGAAAUUAAAAAUACUUUCAUACUGAAAACAAAUCAUUUUUACUGUGUAAAUUGCAUUCUUAACAUCCUAAGUAUUUUGUAGGAUUGAUCUUACUUUUGAGACAAGAGUUAUAAAAUGUAUUUACUCUCAGAAUUCAUCCCCUUGUUAGUAUUGGGUCGUCCACUCAUACUUUUUAUUAACUUUGAGAGUCUUAUGUAGAAAACAGUUGUUAAGUUAAAGUAGUAAGUUAACUUUAGACCCUUUAAUCAUUUCUUAAGCAAUUCCUGAGUGCUUAAAAUUUAAGAUUGUUUUAAUGUAUAGUGUAUGAGUAAAAGAGAAACUCAGGGAGAGAUUGAAAGUAACAGAAAGGUCACAUUUAAGUUCAGGGUUUAGUGAUCUUUCUGGGUCUGGGAACAAGGAAUGCCAGUGGCUCUCUAAAGUCCAGUAGGAAGUUGUUGCUUUCCUGGCAAGGAAUUGGCACCUUCCAUUAAGAUUUCCCUCCUGGCACUUGUCCUUUCAAAGCAGGAGGAAGAAAAGGAGGAGGAAGUGUGUGUUAGGGUAGGAAAAGAAUAACGAGGUAACAGAGAUGAGUAGAUAAGUCUCUUAAAAAAAGUGUCUUUUUUUUUGCAAUCUUGAUGUAAUGUACUUUUUAUAAGGGCAUGAGAUCUUAAAUAAAAUUUUUAUGAUGAAUUUUCAAAC